UGCAGUUCGCCGACAGUAAUGUGUUCACUUCGCUGCCAUUUUUUCCUCUUUGUCUUCCUAAUUAGAUCUCACUCUCUCUCCUCUGCUCAUCUUGUACUUUUCUCCGCUAUACUCUCUGUUUCUCUCGCCCCACAAAAUGGUGCAGUCAAAGAAGUUCAGAGGUGUCAGGCAGCGUCACUGGGGCUCUUGGGUUUCCGAAAUUCGACACCCUUUACUGAAAAGAAGGGUGUGGCUUGGAACCUUUGAGACGGCUGAGGAAGCUGCAAGAGCCUAUGACCAGGCCGCCAUUUUGAUGAGCGGCCGGAAUGCCAAAACCAAUUUCCCCGCCUCUCAGACUCCCGCCACCGCCGGCGGAGAAGAUUGCCCAUCAUCGCUGAAGGUUUCGUCGGAAAUCCUACAUGCAAAACUGAGGAAGUACAGCACAGCACCGUCCCCGUCCAUGACCUGCUUGAGGCUGGACACUGAGAACUGCAGUAUUGGAGUGUGGCAGAAGCGAGCCGGUAAACGACCUAUGGAUUCCAACUGGGUCAUGACUGUGGAGCUCGGGGAGAAGAUUAAGAAGAUUAAUGAUGAUGCUGAUCACAUUAGUUUUUCGCCGUCGUCUUCUGAGUCUCCGGCAUUGGCAGUGUCGUCUUCAUCUUCAUCAUCGUCUGAACUGAAGAUGGGGUCAGCGACAGAUGAGGAAGAGAGAAUUGCAUUGCAAAUGAUAGAGGAACUCCUCAGCACGAAUUGAUUAUUGUCAUAUAUAUAUAUAUAUAUAUACAUAGAAUCUAACCCAUCAUUAUUUGAAGAAAGCCAAAGAUGGGUAAGAAAAGCUCUUAAACCUCUCUCUAUAUAGUUUCUUGAUCACAUCGUUACAUUCAUGGUUAUAGUUAUAUAUUUUAUAUAAUUUUAUUUUAUUGGACGUA